GCAGCACACUAAAUCCCCCUGUACGUGGUACACACACACACCGACAAUACAGAACAUUUAAUUUCUACAAGCAGGUGAACACACCUUCAAACCCUGUGUUUGUUUAUUCAGGUCUAUAUUUGGAAACUUCUUUUGCGUAUCCUGUCGUUCAGUCAUGUCAUCAGACCGCAGCCAGAGUCAAAGUGUGUGUUGAGAAAGUUUCAGUUUUCUGAUCAUCUCUGCGUGUUGUGUGUUUACUCCUCUACUUGUGCUGUGCAGUUGGCAGCCAGCUGGGCUGGUCCCUGAACGCACCUCCCUCUUCCUGAGUGGCUUUUUCUCCUUUUGUCGCCGCAGUGAAACAGAGUUAAAGCAGUUUCAGACCAGCUUCAGCUCCGGGGCCUUUUCUCUCUCUCUCUCUCUCUCUCUCUCCACCGCGGCUGUGAGGAGCACAGCGAACUUUUUUGUUGCUAGUUUGUGGUGAAGUGUACAUCGGAGUUUGCCGACUAACUGGUCUCCCUGAGAGGGCGGGAGUCCCACUCAUUCUCACACCCAGCCCUGCUGAUCUGUGCAGAGCAUCACACUGAGUACAAUCCAACGUAAUCGGGCAACAGGUUAAGAGUCAAGGACUGCAGAGUGAAGCGGAACCAUGCCGAGCAAGAGCCAGUGUCUGCGCCCCCGGCUGUGCGCGCUGGAGAAGGGCGACAACGGCUACGGCUUCCACCUCCACGGAGAGAAAGGUAAGACCGGCCAGUUCAUCCGCUUAGUGGAGACCGACAGCCCGGCGGAGACCUCGGGGCUGCGCGCCGGAGACCGUCUGGUGUUCGUGAACGGCGAUGACGUGGAGAGCGAGAGCCACCAGCAGGUCGUGUACCGGAUACGAGCCACCGUGGGUCUCCUGGAGCUCAUCGUGGUGGACCCGGACACGGACCAGCUGCUGAAGAAACACAACCUCAAGUGUCGGAAGGAGUACGCCGCCGACGGGCUCCCAGUGCCUUUUGACGAAGAGGAGGAAGAGGAGGUAGAACAGGAGGAGGAGGAAAAGGUGGUGGAGGACGUUGUUGAGGUGGAUCACGAGGACGCACGGCACAGCAAACCAGCCGAGGUGGGGAUGAUGAUGAUGAUGAUGGAGGAGGUGAUGGAGGAGAAGCAGGAGCAGCAACACAUGCAGGAGCAGAAGCAGAGGGAGAUGGUGGUAGAUGAGGAGGUGAAGGAGGAGGAGGUGAAGGAGGAGGAGGUGACACCACGGGAGUCCACGAAGAGCAACGGGGGGAUCCACGAGCACUUGGAGAAGAAGCUGAGCAUCAGUUCACAGAAGGAGAUUUGCACCGAACUGCGGCCACGGUUGUGUGUGAUCCAGCGAGGGGCAAAUGGAUACGGCUUCAAUCUGCACAGCGAGCGGGCGAGACCGGGGCAAUACAUCAGAGCUGUGGACGAAGACUCCCCAGCAGAGAGGGCAGGCCUGCUGGCAAAGGACAAGAUAGUACAGGUGAAUGGCGUGUCGGUGGAAGGGAAGACACACUCACAAGUGGUGGCUGCCAUCAAAGCUGGAGGAAAUGAGACCCGUCUGCUGGUGGUCGACCCAGAGACAGACACAUUCUUCAAGAAAUGCAAAGUGACUCCUACCUUGGACCAUCUGACCGGUCCACUGCCUGAAGCUGCCAUUAAUGGAGACAUGGAGGAGAAGGUGAAUGGUAGACAGGCCAAAGAGGCAGAGAGAGACUCCAAACUGUCUGUCAGUCCUUCUCCAUCCAACGCUUCCUCCAACACCUCCCUCACAACCCCAACCACAAACACCCCACCUGAGGGUGUGAUCCCGGACGCCAUCCCAGCGUUGAACCUGACCCUGCAGCAGGUCAAAGAGCUUGCCCACCAGAAACGAUCCAACAAACGAGCCCCGCCAAUGGACUGGACCAAGAAAAAUGAACUCUUUAGCAACCUAUAAAACACACACACACACACAUAUAUAUACAGACACCUUUUUUAUAAUCAUAGUGAUAAUAAAAAAAAGAGAUAUUUUUAUUAUGAUCAGUUUAACGGCCGACAGAUGAAGGAAGUUGUGUUGUUUUGUAAAAUUCAGUAUUCUUCUAAUUAUAACCACAAUAUAAUUACAUUAACAGUAAUGUGCUACUAACAAUGAUGAACGUUGUUUAUGCCAAUGACAGAAAACUGGACCAUGGAGAGACUGAAUGUUUGCUAUUUAUGUCCUGGGAGAGUCAAGCUGUGGUCCCAACAAUCACCCCCAGUGUGUGUGUGUGUGUCUGUGUGUUUGUGUGUGUUUGUGUGUUAAGGCCCCGACAUUUGACCCGUGGUCUAAUACCUGUGGAAAUAAUGAGUAUUUAAUCCCUUUGCUCUGUUUAUUCAUUUUUUUAUCAACGUUUAAAACAUAGAAGAGUUCUAAUAACAGCGGUUAACAAUGUUGCCUCACAGCCAAAAGGUCGCAGGUUAACGUCCCAGGCUUGACAAGCUAGUCCAGCUGUUUGCAAGUAGCAUGCUAUUGGCUGGGGUCCAGUCUGCAUUUAGUUAAUGCCGUAAAAGCUCAAAUUAAUAAACUAAAAGUAUCUGAAAUAAGAAGACGCAGGAAAAACAGUGAUCAGAGAAACAGGGAGACUGAACACGAGCAGCCUGACUUAAACAUAUAGAGCUGAAGCUUCAGGCACAGAGCUGAGAUGCUCAAACUCGUUGCUUUAAUUUAGAAUGUUGUAAAAACUGUUUGUCAAGGUUAUUUAUACAUUGUCCAAAGGGCUUCAAAAAGUUAGAGGAAUGGGUUUCAGAAAAAACAAACAAAAAAAAAACACCAUGACAAUUGUUUUUAA